AAACCCUAACCUCUCCUUCUCGUUAUCCCUCCGAGCAAAAACCAGCAGACGCCGCCUCCUCUCCGCCGAGAACCAUGGGUCGCGUCCGUACCAAAACCGUCAAGAAAUCCUCUCGCCUUGUAAUCGAGCGUUACUACUCCAAAAUGACCUUGGAUUUCCACACCAACAAGAAGAUCUUGGAAGAAGUUGCCAUCAUUCCGUCAAAGCGCCUCCGCAACAAGAUCGCCGGAUUCUCAACUCAUCUAAUGAAGCGUAUCCAGAAGGGUCCAGUGAGAGGCAUCUCACUCAAGCUACAGGAGGAAGAGAGAGAGCGCCGUAUGGACUUCGUCCCCGACGAAUCCGCCAUUAAGACUGACCGUGUUGAGGUCGAUAAGGAGACAAUUGAAUUGCUUGCUUCUUUGGGUAUGAGUGAGCUUCCUGGGAUUGUUCUCAAGGAGGAUACUCCUUUGGUUUCCACAACGAUACCCGGUGGAUAUGGCGGUGGUCGUGGUGGAUAUGGUGGCGGAGCUGGAAGGAGGUACUGAUCCAUGGUGCUGUUUUCCGGUUUUUGAUGGGUAAUUUGUUGUUUACAGUUUUACAUUAUCUAUGAUUUCUCUUUUAGGGUUUUGGUAAACGCUAUAAUGAUUUGAAUGUUUGAGGACAUGAGCUGUUUUCACUUUUAAUUUGGAUUGAAUUUCAACAAUCAGAUUUCUAUUUUGUUCUAA